UCAUUAUGACAACUAUAAAUGGGAAACAACUUAUGUACCUGUCAAAUCAUUUCAACCUGCACCAAAUACUAUUAUUGAAGUAAUUGCGAAAUUGCAAGGAUUAUAUUAUUAUCAACAGUCGCAAUAA